GACGUCUGAGGUCAUCGGGUCAAAGCGAUGGUGGAGUCCGUGAUGUAAACAAUCGGUUGCAUUUGGAGGACAGACAUGAGGCUGUUGUCGCUGGCGGUGCAGCGCGCUGGGCUGCUGCAGAGCUGCGGGAGCCGCAGACACUUCUGGGGCUGGCUCAAUGCCGUCUUCAACAAGGUGGACCACGAGAGGAUCAAAGCGGUGGGUCCGGACCGAGCGGCUGCGGAGUGGCUGUUGAGAUGCGGUGCCAAAGUGAGGUUCCAGGGUUUCGAACGCUGGCACCACGACUACAAUGGGCUGCCAACCGGGCCUCUGGGCAGAUACAAGAUCCAGGGGAUCGAUGCCACCGAAUCCUGCAUCAUGUACCGAGGGUUUGACCAUCUGGAUGGUUUGAAAUAUGUGGAAGACAUAAAGUUGAAUAAGUGUAUCUGCAUUGAAGACGCCUGUCUGGAGAGGCUGAGCUCCAUCCAGAACCUGCAGGAGAGCGUGUACAUGAUGGAGGUGAUUUCCUGUGGAAACGUCACCGACAAGGGCGUCAUCGCUCUGCACAAACUCCGGAAUCUGGAGUAUCUGUUUCUCAGCGAUCUUCCUGGAAUCAAAGACAAGGAGACGACGGUGGGUCGGCUGAAGACGGCACUUCCACGCCUGGACGUCGUCGUCGACUUGGACUGAUUCAGAAACUUUAUCUUUUUUCGAGGGGGAGGUGCAUUUGUUAAAAAAGGACAUCUUCUUUAAACACUUUAAAGCGGGAGAACUGAGUUAACUUGAAGAGCUUCCAUGUGCUGAAAUGCAGAUUCCUUAGCUUUACGACGUGUUAAUGCAAGUGGGAACUUCCUGUUUCCAUCAGAAGAAAAACGGCUAAAAUGAGCUAAAACCUACCAAUAAAUGAGUCAACAGAACAAAUUAUGCCUGUAGACUCAAACAGUGAUAGAUAUUAUGCGUAUUUGGAAUUACAGCAUUUCGGGUGGCUUCUACUUAACUACAUAUGCUGGGAAAAUUAGUCCAGGUUGUUUUAAUUUCAAUCGUUUUUGUUGAGUAACUCAAGAGGAAGCACUCAUUCUCCUGCAGAUGAACCACAUCACAUUUUCCUUUGAGCGUCCUCAAGUGUUCAGAUGCUUGCACAGAUGUAAUUCUGACACUUAAUAAUCAUAAGUGUAUGUUUGUGUGUGAAUGUGGUAUUUUCUUAAUAAAAGCUUGGAAGAAACAGUCAAGUUGAAGCACUUUAUACUCCCAACACCAGUUUUUGUUUUAUACUCUGUAGGUUUAUUAAAGAUCACCUUAAUGUCUGUACACAGAAAGCAGUUUGUGAAAAUAUUAAGAAUUUCAG